CCUCGCAGACGGAAACAGGUCACCAGAAAUCAUCGUCCGUCAAGCAAACACAUUCCAGGGGCAUUUUAGUAAAUAAAUAAAUAUAUAUCUCCCAUUCAUAUAUCUCUGUCUAAUCUGUUGUUGUUAUUAAAUUGAAGCCGAAGCAAACGAACUCGCUUUCUCCAACUUUGCAAUUUUAUUUCGCUUUAUAUUUAUCUCUAACUUCCUCUAUUUGCGAUCUACUGGUUUCAAGCUGAGGCGGAGGCGGUGUUGCAGCAAUUCGCGUAACCUCUUCGGGAUCACUUUUCGUCUCUCCCUCCUUCUCUCCCUAAAUUAUCUCCAUGGCGUCGGAAAAUUUCACUGACAAAAACGUGGUGUUCAGAAAACUGAAAGCGAAAUCGGAUAACAAGAUGUGUUUUGAUUGUAAUGCGAAAAAUCCUACUUGGGCUUCAGUAACGUACGGGAUCUUCCUUUGCAUCGACUGCUCUGCUGUUCACCGUAGUCUCGGUGUACACAUCAGCUUCGUUAGGUCUACGAAUUUAGAUUCAUGGAGUCCAGAGCAAUUGAGAACAAUGAGCUUUGGGGGAAAUAAUCGGGCUCAGGCUUUCUUUAAGCAGCAUGGUUGGACUGAUGGGGGGAAAAUUGAGGCCAAGUAUACAUCUAGAGCUGCAGAGUUAUAUAGGCAAAUACUUUCAAAAGAAGUUGCUAAAAGUAUGGCAGAAGAAGCUGGCUUGCCAUCAUCCCCUGUUACUUCUAAGGCAGCCCAAGCAGCAAAUGGACUUCCUGAUGUCAAGAUUAAUGAUGCUCCUAAAGAAAGCUCAUUAGGAAAACAAGAAACACCUGAUUUAGUUCGUUCCCCAAAAGCUUCUCACUCGGUUAUUACCAGUUCUGUGAAGAAGCCACUUGGUGCAAAGAGAACUGGGAAAACAGGGGGGCUUGGUGCUAGAAAGCUUGCUACGAAGCCUAGUGAAAAUCUCUAUGACCAGAAGCCUGAAGAACCAGCACUUCCUGUAACUUCAACAACUAACAACAACAACAACAACACAAAAGCUGGCACAUCUUUUGCAUCUCGCUUUGAGUAUGUAGAUAAUGUUCAACCUGCUGAGAUGAUUUCUGGGGGCCCACAAGUGAUUAGUCAUGUAUCUCCGCCAAAGUCAUCAAGCUUUUUCGCAGAAUUCGGGAUGGAAAGCGGUUUUCCCAAGAAAGGAAGCUCAAACUACUCAAAAGUUCAAAUUCAGGAAACAGAUGAAGCAAGAAAAAAGUUCUCGAAUGCAAAAUCAAUCUCAUCAGCCCAAUAUUUUGGUGAUCAGAACAAAGCUGAUGCUGAUGCUCAAGUUUCAUUGCAGAAAUUCUCUGGCUCCUCAGCUAUAUCAAGUGCUGAUCUUUUUGGUCAAAGCGAUGAUCAGACUAUUGAUCUUGCUGCGAGUGACCUCAUCAAUCGGAUCUCUUUCCAGGCACAACAAGAUAUCUCUUCCCUAAAGAAUAUUGCAGGAGAGACUGGGAAGAAGCUCAGCUCCUUCGCAUCAACCUUCAUAACUGAUCUUCAGGACAGAAUCCUCUGAAGUUGAUGGGCUGUGUUAAAAAAUCUGCGAGUUCGCCACAUUACCAAUCAAUAUCUAUGCAGUUGAAUGUAAAAUGAGUCCAUAUAAAGUUCUUUUUGAAGAAAAAUAAAAGUAAGACGUUUUCAGGCUUUUGAUAGGUUUUCUAUUAUUAUAUUGUAGUGCAGGUUUUGGGAUCCUUUCUGUUUUAGUUUCUUGGAGUGUACUAAAGAGAUGUAGGAAUUGAUAUUAUAGACAAAGUGUUCUGUUGAAAAUUAGCUGCAUUGUUGUUGGGGCUAAUAUUAGGACACACGGCAGAACAUUACUUGCCAUUCCCAAGGAAACAGCAACUAAUGCCUGAAGCUUUGUGACCUAAUACUACUGAUGGUGCAAUACUUCCAUCCUGCAGGCACUGUUUGGUUUGUUAUGUUCUAGUUGUGCAAAACUGUGUUUAGUAUAUUUUAGCUAAUACGAUUGCUGAUAAUUUAUGAU